AUGGAAUUUUGCUUCAACCUUAAAGAAUAUUUGGUACAUCCUGUGAAUAAAGAGCUCCUUUGGAUCAAAUGGAUACACGACAACUAUUUGAAAAACAGAGAUGUCUUGACUGUCAAUGCAAUAGCUAGUAAUUCUUGGCUUUGGAAGCAAAUGUUAAAAAUCAGAGAUAAAGCCAUGACAUUAAUUGGUGGAAUUGAUAACCUGGAGCAUAUUAUUGGCUCUUGCUACAAAAAUUCAAAAGUUAAAACCUCAGCCUUGUAUGUAGCUCUAUCUCCGGCUUCUCUCAAAGUUCCAUGGUUUAAUACUAUAUGGGAGAGAAUGAAUUAUCCUAAGAAUUCUAUUAUAAGCUGGCUUGCAGUUCAAAACAGGUUGCUCACGCAAGACAUGCUGUUAAGAAUGGGGACUGUGUUCACUAAUUCAUGUUGUUUAUGCAGUGGUGCAGCUUCAGAGAGCUGUGAUCAUCUCUUCUUUGAAUUUGAAUUCUCUAAAAUUGUCUGGAACAAGAUUAUGAAGUGGAUCCAAUUCAGAUGGCUUUCUUGUGUUUGGAACUGUCUCUUGGAGUGGUAUAUUACCAGUUUGAGAGGCAAGAGAUUUAAACAAAGGAUUAAGAGGAUGGCUUUUAAUGCUUCAUUAUACAGGAUAUGGAAUGAAAGAAAUGCGAGGAUAUUUUUGCAAAAAUCCAAGGGGGCUGAUUAG